GCGAGAAGGGGAGCGCGCUGAACUGCCCUCCAGGAGAACAUCGCUACUGGAGACAGCAGCAUCAGCACCAGAGACGCGAGCACCAGCGCUUCCAGAAUAACUUUCAUAUGCAAGGAAAUAAAGUGCACGGUUGACAUUAAAAACACACUCAGGUUACGCUAACGAUCCCUCGACUGAAGUCGAGGCUAAGUUGUGGGUCUUAGACCCGACUUUCAAGGUUCCCUUUGAAGGAUGUGGUGAUAACUCCGGCCUCAAAGUGGAGCCCCGAGUGUCUCGGAUCAGCGCGCUCCUCCAGGGGCUCGGAGGCGCGCCUGGCACCUCUCGGUUCUUGCCCGGAUUCGGGUCCGAGUCUGAGGCGACAGGUUCGGGGCGCCGAGCCAGGAGAACGCCCUCCACUCGGACCAGGAUGCCGGUCAUGAGAGGUCUGCUAGCCCCACAGAAUACCUUCCUCGACACCAUAGCCACCCGCUUCGAUGGCACCCACAGUAACUUUGUGCUGGGGAAUGCCCAGGUCCAGUCUCUCUAUCCCAUUGUGUACUGCUCCGACGGGUUCUGCGACCUCACCGGCUAUGCCCGCGCCGAGCUCAUGCAGAAGACCUGCGCCUGCCACUUCCUGUACGGGCCUGAGACCAGCGAGCGGCUGACGACGCAGAUCAAGGGGGCGCUGGAUGAGCGGCGAGAGUUCAAGACGGAAUUGGUGCUGUACAAGAAGGGAGGUACACAGUUCUGGUGUCUCCUGGACAUUGUCCCUAUCAAGAACGAGAAGGGGGAAGUAGUGCUAUUUCUGGUGUCCCACAAGGACAUCACUGAUAACAAGAAGGACCAGGAAUCAGAACCAGGCCCAGACAUAGAUGAGGAGACAGGACUGAACGUCCACCGCGUCACUCGUCCCUCGGGCUUCAACGCCAAUCGCCGCCGCAGCCGGGCCGUGCUGUACCACCUGUCGGGCCACCUGCAGAAGCAGGACAAGGGCAAGCUAAAGAUCAACAAUAACAUGUUUGGUGAGAAACCGGCCCUCCCAGAGUACAAAGUAGCCGACAUCCAGAAAUCUCGUUUCAUCCUGCUACACUACGGCACCUUCAAGGCGGGCUGGGAUUGGCUGAUCCUGCUGGCCACGUUCUAUGUGGCCGUCACUGUUCCCUACAACGUCUGUUUCACAGCUGUUGGAGGGCGGAACGAGGGAAUCCCUGCCUCCCGCAGCCCACCCAGCGUCAGUGACAUCCUGGUGGAAAUCCUUUUCAUGCUGGACAUUGUCCUGAACUUCCGUACCACCUACGUCAGCUCAACGGGCCAGGUGGUAUAUGAUGCACGUUCCAUCUGUGGGCACUAUGCCACCACCUGGCUGUUUGUGGACAUGAUUGCUGCGCUGCCCUUUGACCUGCUAUAUGCCUUCAACGUCAGUGUGUACUUUGGCGUCCACCUCCUGAAGACAGUGCGGCUGUUGCGGCUGCUGCGCUUGCUGCAGAAGCUGGAGCGAUACUCCCAGUAUAGCGCGGUAGUGCUGACAUUGCUCAUGUCCAUGUUCGCCCUGCUCGCCCACUGGAUGGCCUGCGUCUGGUACUUCAUUGGCCGCCGAGAGAUCGAGAGCAGCAGCCCGGGGACCUGGGACAUCGGUUGGCUGCACGAGCUCGCCAAGCGCCUGGGCACGCCUUACUUCAUAUCCCCUCUGACCUCACUUUUGGGAGUCACCCACCACACAGACGGACUCCCACCUAACAGCAGUCAGUGGAAUUCGUCAGGGACUGAGUCGGAGAGGAGGGCGGUUCCCGGUGCAAGCCAAUGGAAUGAAUCGGGGGCGGAGCUAGAAGGUGGUCCCUCUGUUCGCAGCUCCUACGUCACGUCGCUCUACUUCGCGCUCAGCAGUCUGACCAGCGUGGGUUUCGGGAACGUCUCGGCCAACACCGACUCCGAAAAGAUCUUCUCCAUCUGUACCAUGCUCAUUGGGGCGCUGAUGCACGCUGUGGUCUUUGGCAACGUGACGGCCAUCAUCCAGCGCAUGUACUCACGCCGCUCGCUCUACCACACGCGCACCAAGGACCUGAAGGACUUCAUCCGCGUGCACCGGCUGCCCAAGGCCCUGGAGCAGCGCAUGCUGGAGUGCUUCCAGACCACCUGGUCCGUCAACAACGGCAUCGAUGUCAACGAGCUGCUGAAGGACUUUCCAGAUGAGCUGCGCGCCGACAUCGCCAUGCACCUCAACAAGGAGCUCCUGCAGCUGCCGCUGUUUGAGUCGGCCAGCAGGGGGUGCCUGCGUUCCUUGUCCCUCAUCAUCAAGACAUCCUUCUGCGCCCCCGGGGAGUUCCUCAUCCGCCAGGGCGACGCCCUGCAGGCAAUCUACUUCGUCUGCUCCGGCUCUAUGGAGGUGCUGAAGGACAACACUGUGCUAGCAAUUCUGGGGAAGGGUGACCUGAUCGGAUCGGACUUCCUGACCAAGGAGCAGGUGAUAAAGACCAACGCCAACGUGAAGGCGCUCACCUACUGUGACCUGCAGUACAUCAGCCUGAGAGGCCUGCGAGAGGUGCUGCGCCUGUAUCCUGAAUACGCUCAGAAGUUUGUCAGGGAGAUCCAGCACGACCUCACCUACAACCUGCGCGAGGGCCACAUGGCUGAUAUGGAGAGGGAGAGUAACGGCGGCCUGAUAAAGAAGCUGCCUUCCAUCAUGGAGGAUGAGGAGGGUGAUGAAGAGCAGUACCCCUCACCAACGCCCCGGGCGUCCCGUUCCUCCGCACGGCCCAGCCGGUCGACGUGCUCGACCUUCCGCUCGCCGCUGGCGCCCACGCGGCCCUUCCAGCAGCUAGCUGACCGCACCCGGCCUGCCAGCCUGCAGAUCCCCCUGCUGAACUAUAGCGGCGCUCCCUCUGAGCUCAGCCCCAGGUUUGUGGACGGCAUCGAGACAGAGAGCAGCGCCAGUUCGGCACAUAAGUUUGAGUUCAGCCCCAGUAUGACUAUCAGCAGCCCUCUGUCUGCGGACCUGGGCAACCCCACCUGCCCUGGGAACCGGGAGCAUGUGGAAACCAGGCAGAGUCUGACCAGACUGAGCCAGGAGAUCGGAAGCCUGUCCCAGCAGGUGUCCCAGCUCAGCCAGGAACUGCAGGAAAUGACACGUCUGCUUCAGCCCCUGAUCCUCCUGGGCUCCCAUCCGCUUCUCUCAGCCCUCACGGCCACACAGCCUCCAGCCUCCUGCAGUCCCAAGCAGGCCCCGCCCUGGGCCCCUCCCCCUCGAUCCCCGCUGGACCAUAGUGACUCUGGGGCAGGAGGGCCGUCGGGCUGCCUCGUACUCUCACCGUCUCAACCCAAGGCCACUCCUCCACCAGAGACACCUCCCUCGGGCUACUCUGGAUGUCUACCUCACGCCACCUCCUCACCAGGGGCAGCAUCCACCAAGCUCUCCUCAGCUCCCUCCACCCCAACAACCAGGCUCCCCCAUCCACCAGAAGAUCAGUGGUUACCCACCUCCCAAAGCACCUGCUCCUCCCCCCCCCCUCCCCCCACCACUCUGUUCCUCUCCCUCCAUGUGUGCUUCCCUUACCCCUGAGAGAGGCGCUCACUGCAGGGUCCUGCUGUCUCUAUCUUCCACCCAGCAAGUGCCUUCCCCCCCUGCCACUCACUGCUCUGCACCCCCAUCUCUCAGCACCUCCCCGGGAAACCAAAGGCUCGGGACCAGCUCCUCCUGCUCCUCUCCCACAUCCCUGAUCCUGCGCCCACCUCGCAUGCCACCUCCUUGCUCCUGCCCCUCCACUCACAUCCCAGAAUCUCCCUUGGACUCGCUCAUCUCCUGGCCUCAGCUAAGCCCCGGCCUCCAGUCCGCAGAGACUAGGCUGCAAGGACCAUUAAGCGAACAUAUUUUACUGAUCGACAGUGAGGGCCCACAGGUGUGAGAGACAGGAGAGUUACACAAGUAGUCACGUCAGUGGGGGCCUGGGGUAGCACGGCAUUGUCCUCGAUUAUGUCUCCAGGUGCUCUGGAGAGUGAUUCUCCUUUUCUCAUUGGUCAGCUGCACCUGGACUAACCUGCCUUUCCACCGAUGACAUCUCUCAGAGAAAUGUGACACAGCCACCAACAAUAGUCAUAUGUCCUUCCGAGUUGUGUUCAGAUGAGGGAGGCAGCUGAAAAUCACAGCAUGAUGAUAAGUGUGGAAGAGCAGAGCAGUUUGCCAAGCCUUGAAGCAAAAUGAUGCAUUUUUGGUCAGGAGGAGAGGAAACAUUUCAGGGUAUGGUGCACCUUACACCCAGAGGCUUGUGGAUUUGAAUGUGCAAAGCAUGUAUGUGAAAUUCUCCCUUUGGUCUCAUGGUUUUCCUCCGGCCAUCCAAAUAUGUCCCCACAAUGUCAUAAAAGUCUUUUAUUUUGAUGCUAUGGGGGCAUGCUUUGGUCCCAACAAGGGGAAACUCAAUUUUAUAAAAAUCUAUGACUGCCAUCAAAAAACUAAAAAUGCUGAAAGUCUGGUAUUUUGUUUGGUUACUUAUGGUUAAGGUUAGGACUGGGGAGGGGUUAUGGCUUUCAUAGUUGGGAUUAGGAUUAUGCCGAUAAAAAUGAAUGGAGAGUCUCAACAAAUAUAUAGAUACCUCCAUCAUUUGGGUUCCAUCAGCAUUUAUUACAAAACAUGGUUAAGAGUAACAACUUAUUUAACGAUAAAGCUGACUGAUGUUUGUGGGGAGGCUUUCAAAGCUGGCAGACGCUCUUGUUACUACACUGGAAUGGGGCAAGACAUCCAGUGAGAAGACGCACACUGCGGACACACUGCACAACAAGUGCAAAACGUAAUUAAAAAUGGCCGGUACAGCUCGACGUUUGGAAAGGAAACAGAGACAGGUACAUAGGCUAAUGCUAGUAAAGUCGAAUGUCCAACCAAAAUUCGUUUUACAUCAUAAUCUACCCUAUCACUCAAGUUUUGAUAUGACUCCUAUCAGCCCUGUGGGGGCUGAGGCUCAGACCAAUAGCCUUUGGUGCUUUUUCACUCUUUAAGACCGUCCAUUCGCCUGUUUCGUGCCUGAAAUUCAGGUUUAUUGCAGUGAAGUAUUGCAUGGUCAGAGGUACCUGUCACAUCAUCGUAGAUGUCGUCACACUUCCUACGCGUUAGUUAACCGAUUUCCCCAGUGCUGGUGUCCAAAGACCAGUGCUUUACCUCAGCUGAACAACUGAAGAACUAAUGAUAUUAUCUUGGAGUCUUAACGUGGACUUUGGGGUUUGGUAUCUUCUGUGUGUGGGGUAGGAGGUGAUCAUCUGCAUGAUACAGUCAACUGCAUGAUGAAUGUGGCAUUAAUGCCUGGGAUAGGGGGGGGAUUUAUGACAUUUUAUCAGCAAUGGUUACAAGAAAUAAAAUGCGUUUUAUAUGAA